AUACUUUCUCCAGAUAACUCCUCAAUGUUCUAUGGGAUCUACCAUCUCAUUUUGAUGACUUCUUGGACGGGGGAAUACGACCCUGGUGCAGAUUGUCUAUCCCGAGGGUCGCCUGCCACACUCGUGGCUUGGCCGCCGUCUGAUCGCGCAGCGCAGUUUGCGCUGUGGCUGACUAGCCGACUCGGCGUAUCAACAACCUUGAAAGGACUUCCAGAGAGUUCAAAGCACGCUUCGUCAAACUUUGCUUUCUUUCAGCCAAUCAGAUAAUGCGUUGUCAAGUUUUCGUGGAUCCGACAGGUACAACCGCGUGCUCCCGCUGGGGAUGACACUUUUCGGGGCUCCUGACUUCAUGCAGUAAAUGCCGCCGCGCUCGACAGCCUUUGAAUUGACAGAUGGUUUUUUGCAUUUAGCGAAUAAUAGGGACUCACUUGUUCAGCUCUACUUUCUCAACACGACGAAAGUAGGCUUCUGGGGCAACGGGCCGCCUACGUCUUCUCUUCUUAUGAGAGUUUCGCAUGAAAGGAACUGCAUCUACCGCCCUUUUUCUCUAUCGAUACACAUUUUUCGGUGUGCGUCUGAAAGGCACACUUCCGCAUCAAGUCAUCUGUGUUUCCAAUCACUGUUAAGUGUAGUUCUAAACUGUGUGAGCGAGGUUGUCCUCCACUCACUGUCCGUUACUCACAGUAGUUGUUGGCUCGCUGUUACAGCCUGUUCAGAAGGGAAUCAAAUUACAAUUGUGUCGCUCUUGUGUUCCCCAAACCGGUGAACAAGCGAAAGCAAGGCGAUCAAGAGGAGAUGUCUACUUUUUUUGAGUAAGAGGACACGGACACAUUCAUUUGAGUGAGUCGACCGACCUCGAGCACCGAUCACAAAACACACGCGUGGGCACACGUGCAGAACCUUUUGAGGGGGGUUGUGGCUUUAGGCCCAGCAGACAGGAGCCUAUUGUACCUUCGUUUCGCCCGGGAGACACGAAGUUAAAGCGUGUUUCAAUGCGCAAAGAAUGCGCUGCCCUUGUAGAAUUGGUGGGGAGGAAAAAUUCCCGGACAGUGUAUCGCCAUCAGGAGUCUUUUGUGAGCGAAGUAAAGGGACUUUGAGCGGCGGAUUCCGCUGCCACGGUUGUAACAAAGAACGGGAGACCUAAGAGAUUUGCCGUCGGCCUUGCUUACAGAGGCGGGCUUCGGGAUUCAAUCAGAAGAACUACACGGAGACGGAGAAGUUGACGCAGAGCGAAAAUGGAUCGCAAACUGGAUCGCAAACUUACCGUUGAAAUUCAGCGGCGACCGCAGAGGUCUCAGACUAGCAUGCGAUCGACCAGCAGCUUGCGGGUAGACAGUGGUCCUAGCGACCCGAGCCAAAUUAUGAAUACUCUGACUGAAUGCUAUGCGCCGGAAGAUUUCGACGAGGCCUCGUCCCUGCUGAUAUGCAACUUUCCGCCCGGUUGCAAUCCCUUUACGGCACGAAACUACAUUACGUGGUGGGGUCCAGUUAUUCGAAUUGAACGCGCGCCUUCAGUGAGUCAAGAGGCGAACUUCAUCGUCGUUUUCGCGGCGCCUGAGUUUGCUAAGAAGGUUCUUGAUUGCUGUCCUAUCGUCUACGAUGAUGGAAAGACAAUGCUAUAUAGUCGCCGAGUCGACGACAGAGUCACAGUGUGGAAAAAACUUUCCGAUUACUGGACCGGGCUUGUAGGAUGACACUGCCAGUGCGUCGGAGUGUUGCACGAGACCAUUUCUCCCGCAUAGAAGCCGAACGCCGUAGUCGUGGCUGAUCUCCGUGAGCAAGUGCUCAGAAUUCAGGACGCUCUACGGCCGGCGAGUGCCAAGUUUUUCAACCAAGACCCCGACAGACAGAACGAAACUUUGGCCGUCUGAACCGAUGCCUGUAAGGCAAGUGACACGCUCAAAGAAACAGACGAGGGACGAGUCACGGAGCAACAGCAGUAGCACCUAUAGUGCUUGUAAAAAACUGACGUCUUUUUUUGCACCCCUUGUUACUGGUGGCAGCAACAGUCGUCGAUUGAUAUCGCUCAAUUGAAGGGUUCGGGGUAAGUAAAGAAAACGUUGGCGAGAGCCUGGAGGCGAACCUUUGGUGGUAAAAAGAUUGCCUUAGCUGGAACAUGCCGUGAACGUGCUACUGUCAGCGGGAACUGCGAACGCAUAGUCCUGAACUCUCCGUUGUAUCCUUUUCCGUUUCGCAUGGCAGCGUCCGCUACGCAUUCUAGAGAAUGCCUCCGAGCACAACACUAUUGCUAAUCCUGUAAGGCCGCUGCAGGGCUUUUCACAGACGGCUAGCCUCUGCAGGAAAAUUGGCCCGAGUGGGUCUCCAGACAGCAGCCCUUGAACCGUGAUUUCAGCUCUAUAUGGCCCGUUUGGCAUUACCAGCUUCGUGCCUUCCGGUAACUGGAAUACUGCCUACAGAGUCAGCAGCCUCAAAAUAGUGUUGUGAACUCCUUUGCUUAGGCGUCCGAGAACACCGCCCUGCUGAGCCGUGUCAUCUCCAUCGUUUUUAUCUAGGGGAUCCUGCAGGCUGUACGACGAAUUUUUUCGCUCUUGCUGUGGCACCAGCGAUUCCUCGUGAAGCCUUUCUUUGCAGAAGGAACAGGCACAAAACAACUGUAUUAUAACCGCUCGUUUUCGGUAUCGUGGCCCCCGUGAUGAGUGCACAC